CGAGAGAUCGAGAAAGAAGAAAAGAGGGGCAAAAAAAAUAAGAGCGGGAGGUUUCCACCUUUCUCCAUUAUUGACCUCUCUUCUUUCUCUCUCCUCUCCUAUGGAGCAGCCCCAGGAGCUUCCCCUCCACUUCCCCGCCGCCUCGUCUGAUCACGAAUUUGAUCACGGCGAGGAUCACCCCGAUUCCUCGCCCGUCGGCUCACCGGAGCUAGCAGAAACUCACUUCCCGCCGCCGACGGAUCAGCCGCAGCCCGCCGUGCUCACCGAUGAUCUCCGCCGCAAGAUCAUCAAGCAGGUGGAGUAUUACUUCAGUGAUGAAAAUCUGCCAAAUGAUAAGUUUAUGCUGAAAUACGUUACAAGGAAUGUGGAAGGGUUUGUUCCUAUUGGAGUUGUUGCCUCAUUUAGGAAAAUGAAGAAGCUAACCAAAGACACAUCGUGGAUUGUGGCUGCACUGAAGGAAUCUACUUUUCUUGUUGUCAGCUCUAAUGGGAAAAUGGUGAAGCGACUUCAUCCUCUUCCAUCAGCUGAAAUCAAGGACCCAAUGGUAUGCACUGUACUAGUGGAGAAUCUACCCGAGGAUCAUUCAGUGGACAACCUCAAUCGACUGUUUGGUGAAGCUGGAACCAUAAAGAAUAUUACCAUUCGUGACCCACAUGAUGUAAUUGAUCCAAAAAAGUGUACCGUGGCAGAGAAGCUGAUUAGCAGAAAGUUGCAUGCUCUUGUGGAGUACGACACUGUGGAGGCUGCUGAGAAAGCUGUGACCACUUUGAACAACGAGCAAGAUUGGAGAUAUGGAUUGCGAGUCAAGCUUCUGAAAAAACUGAACAACCCGGGGCAGAAGAAAAAAGUAUGGAGGGAGUUAGAGCCUGACAAGGGUAGCACUGUUCAGACAACGGAGCCAGCUGCCAGUGAGGAGAACCAUGAUGCAAGUGAGCAUCAUGACGAUCCACACGAUGGGGUCGUGGAGGAUGUGGAUCUCUUAUCUAGAGAUAAGAACGGGCCGCAUAUUCCUAGAGACAAAAACGGGCAGAAGGGUCGCAACAGAGGUGGUGGAAGGAGACAAAAGUAUCACGCCACUAAUGGACAUGGUCAUGGAACCCAGUAUUCCAGCCAUGGCGUCGAACCAUCAAAGCCGCCACCGGGCCCCAAAAUGCCAGAUGGAACACGAGGGUUCACCAUGGGCAGGGGACGACCUCUUCCGGCGACCAGUUGAGAUUCCCGGUGUGGAUUUCAGGAUCAUCUUGUUGAUAUAAGUUGAAUACAUUCCACAUGUGUAGCGUGCUCAUUCGGAUAUCUAUCCCGGAAAACCGAUCUUUUGUGCUCUGUAACAGUGGUGCCCAUGGUUUACAGCUUCUGUCAUAUCUCGAAAAUGUUUUGGUGUUUGACAGAUUGUGUGAAAUUUGCUUCCAUAUAUUAUGUGGAGACUCCCCAAGUAUAUAAAAAAGGAAAAUUUCCUUGUUA